AUGUCAUGGCUUAAAGCACUCAAGGGCAAGGGCAAGGCCCUCCAGACUACAUACUCGCCUCCUCCUGGCCCACCCACCGACUUCGACGCGCCGCCUGAGUGGCAACCCGCGCCAGAAGCAGUCCACGCCGAAGGCCUCUACGCCGACGCCACCGAGGACGAGUACGAGUCCGCGCAGCGGUUUUGCGCACAGUACCCCAGAGAUCCGCCCCGCCCCCUCCCGUCAUACGCGGUCGAGCGCAUCGACGCUGUGGGCUGCCGCGCGUGGCAGCUCGAGGCCCCGCACACGCCGCGCUUUCGUGGACGGAUCUAUGGCAGCGGCGGUGACGACAAGGGCAGUGGUGCAGGCGUGGUGCGCGUUGUAACGGAGCCGGGAUGCGAAGACGUGUGCCUCCUCAGUGACUUACCCAUCCUUGCUGGAUCGUAUGAAGUCCAUGGAAAGCUUGGAGUGUACUAUGAGGUCAAGGUCCUCCGAAUGGACGGGAUCAUUGCAGUCGGUACUGCAUGUCGACCGUACCCCUACUGGCGGCUUCCGGGGUGGAACCGUCUCAGCGCAGGCUUGCACCUCGACGAUCUUCGCAAGUUCUUCGAAGACCCCGACGGCGGGCGCGACUAUACGCCCCAGCUCAAGCACGUCGGGCCCGGGGACACCGUCGGGCUCGGGUACUCCUUUGCGGACGGCGUGAUCUUCUUCACGCACAACGGCGUGCGCCUCCCGGACGCGUUCAAGGGUGUGUACAUGCCGCGCGAGGAGCACGACGUGUACGCAGCGGUCGGCGUGGGCGGCGCGUGCGACUUGGAGGUGAACUUUGGCGGGGACGUGUUCCGGUGGAAGGAGGGAAACGAGUGGGCGUGGCGCGUGGAGGGCCAUGUCGGGGGUGGGUUGAACGGGGCCUUGGGCGGGGCCGACGACGAGCUGCCGUCGUAUAAUGAGGCACGCCAGAGUCGGCGGACGCGUUGAGUGCCCCUGUCGGAGCGGACAACGUUAUAGCUGGGAUUUCGUCGACUCAAUGUAUCACUACGAUAGC